GUUAGUACACGCACACUAGAUAGACAAUGCUCGAAAUUACCAAGAUACUUUCCAUCCUGAUCCUGCUGGUUUCCACGUGGAAUCCCGCGCUUUCCAGGCAAUUAUCCAGAAGAAAAAGGUACCUGGUCUUCCCCGAAGGAGCCAGUAUGUCGGCCGCUGCUUGUAUGACGGCCCAAUUUUGGGUGAAUCCCCCGGGGAUAUUCACCGAUACAUUAGCGUGGGGGGUGGCCUACGAUCUGCCCACCAACGUCACCGAACUCAAGGCCUACUCGGGCAAAAACCAGCUGCUCAAGCGGAGGUCCCGGCGCGAAUUGUACGGGAAAAUCGAGAAGAUAAUCCAAUCGAUAGGUUAUGACGGUCGCUCGUGCGUUUUGAGGGCCCUUUGCGAGGCGCCCGGCAGGUUCCUGCCCAAAGAGGACAAUCUGCUCAAUUACGUGUUGAAAUUGGUGUUUCGUUUUCCGUUGGAGAAACUCCUGCCCGGGGAGCCCGAGGAGCACCGGAUUUAUGGAGGGGCCGCGCGAACUGGAAGGGAAAAUCCCCGCGGAGAUUGCUCGGAGAUUUUUAAUUGUCCGUUUUCUUUGAUCGACGCCGCUUUGGGGCGGUAUUCUUGAGGAAUAAAUUGGAAAAAUAACGAAAAAUAAAUUAUUUAAUUGGGUUCUAUUU